UUCAAAGUCAUCUUAAUUGGCUGUAUCAUGGUCAAAUAUAUACUAAGCCUAACAAUUCAACUUUAUGCCAUUAUUACAUUGAUAUUGUUAGAACUCACAGGAUAAACGACUUCUCAGAUCUAAAAUAGACACAAAUCAUUGCCGAUAAAACCAGUUCAGUGUGUGAAGUUGUCAUGAAUAGUAACACUAGGCAUGUGAUUUCGGGUUUACUCCCAGCUAUUGUUUUACUCGGGGUUUUAUUACCAAUGUUAUUGUACACAAACCUAGAAUCCAUGAAGAUAUAUUUGACAACAAUAAAACUUAUUCACGGGUUUGAUAACGUUAUAAAUGAAACAACACAUUUUCUUAAUAGUUUUGAUUCUUCAGCAAAUUUGCUUAAAUCUCAACACCAACAUAGUAUUAUACAAGAUGUCACACGUGCACCAAUAAAGAAAGCUGAAAUGCCAGUUACUGUUAUGGAUGCGUUGAACAAUUCCCAAAUUGGUGUAUCAAAAUCGAAAGAAAGGCGUCUGAAAUGUGAUGGGUGUUUUUCCAAAAUAUUCAAAUUUGAAAUCAACAAUGCAGAUAUUUGUAAAACAGAAAAUGCAAAUGUCAAAUUAUUAAUCCUAAUAACGUCUUCACCACAAAAUAAUUUGGCACGAACGGCCAUUAGGGAAACUUGGUUAAAACAUGCAAAAAUGACCAAAGAAAAGAUCAGGUAUAUAUUUCUAAUCGGCGAAUCUCCUGAGACUGAAGAGAUUAGGAAAGAAAAUUCCAUAACAAAGGAUAUCGUGCUAGGAAAUUUCAAAGAUUCAUAUUCAAAUUUAACUUUAAAAACAAUAAUGGGCUAUCAAUGGACAGUGAAACAUUGUAAUAAUGCAAAGUUUGUUAUGAAGACAGACGAUGAUAUGUAUGUAAAUAUUCCUGGUCUAAUCCAAGUUAUCAAGAAAAACGAUCACGUUUUACAAACUGCAGUUGGAGGAUAUUGUUUUAAGAUUGGUCAGCCGCAUAGAGAUAGAAAAUCGAAAUGGUAUGCAUCCUUGAGAAGUUAUCCUCAAGAAACAUAUCCAGGAUUUUGUUCAGGUACUGGCUAUGUUACCAGCUUAAACGUUGUCACACAAAUUGUUAAAAUAUCAAGGCAUGUUCCAUUUUUCCAUUUGGAAGAUGUGUAUAUUUCUCUGUGUAUCCAACAACUCGGUUUGAAGCUAUAUCCCCUAGAAGGAUUCAUGGAAGAACACAAUUCUGAUCCUUGUUUUUAUAAAGAUGAGAAGUUUAUAACAGCUCAUAAAGUACCACUUAGAUGGAUGAGACAUAUUUGGCAAACACCUUGCCUUAAAGGGGAUAAAAAAUCAAAACUAGAUUAAUUAAUAUAUCUUCGAAUUCGCUCGCUCAAAGAUUUUUUGAAACCAAAAUCAAAUCUCAAUAAACUUUCUCAAUAUUUGCUAAAAUUGCAUAAAUUGCCCCACAAUUCGGCAAAAAUACCAUUGUUUUUUUUAAUUAAAUUUUUGUUCGCUCCUGCAAACAAAAGACUACUGAAUUGAAAACUAAAAUACGCCUGCUGUAGCCUUGGUUCAGAUACUUUCAUUCUAGUAUGGCAAAAGGUAAUCAAAGUACUGAAGUACUGAACAUCGGAUGACCACAACUUCUUGUGGAUGGUCAAAAGCACUUGUCUCAGAAAACAAACACAUAUCUCUUUACUUGCAACUGAGGUUAAUGUACAGAGAUAUAUUUUUCUGAGACAAGUUCGUGUGAGAAUGAUGAAUACACGACAUGAAAUUCAACUUCACCGUAAUAAAUAUCAUAUGUUAGUGAUACAAAUCAGUUUAUACUGAUGUGUUGUUAUAUAAUAUAUCAAAAUAACAGUUACAUGUAUAUAUGAUUUCCAUUCAUUUGUAUAUCAUUCUAUUCUACUAUUCUAAUAAUAGUGCAAUGCAAGUGCAUGUUGGACACAUUUCUGUAAAAAAAAUGAUUUUUCUAAAAGAUUGGAUACGUGUAGGCAUUCACAAUUUCCCGCAAAAACAAUUACAGAGUUACCGGUCCUUGUCGUUAUUAUGGCAAAACCUUCUUUGAGAUAUUCUUCCGCAUGCAGAAAAACAAU